AUGGGAAAAGGACUCAGCACAGCCAAGGAGUGAUCAGAAACAAAGAGCCUCAGACUUGGAAGAACGUUUGGAGAUUGUGGGGUUCAGGCCAGGGAACUGGCCUUGGAGCAUUGGAGCAAGAGACCAAAAGCAGCCACGUAGGGGGUGGAAGGGAAGGAAAGGGUUGAACAGUGAACAGUAAGACAAAGAACAGGCAGUUCCAAGGAGCCAAGAACGCAAAUCAUUUGCAGACGCUGGUGUGACAGUCAACUCAGGCUCCUGGGGGAGUGA